CAAGAUAUGAUAAUAAAAAGUUUGCUAAAUGUCUUGUGAUUAUUCAUUUAGUAGACUAAAUGGGUGUCCGAUUGAAUAUAAUGGCCUCAAAAGUGAUACAAUUGUUGUUCAUAUGUCUACUGAUCCAUAACUAUUCAUAUUAUGUUAACUGCAGUCUCACCAAUGGGAUAAAAACAUUGAAUGUCUUGAGUCGUAUUAAACGCGACUUUUUCGGUAACAGCGAUGACGACGACGACGACAAGUGUCCAAUUGCUGGCGAUCAGUGUUUGAAAUGUUAUACCGAAAUCACCGACGAUUUGUUGGCCAACAUGUGUGACGAAAAAUAUGCAUACGUGGCCGAGGGAUCCAUUACCAAACCGGAUGGCAAAUGCGGUAAUAUUGAUAUUAGCAAAAAAAUCCGAUGGCUUAACGAUCUGACUGUCGAUAAGAUAUACUAUUCGAUGGCCGAAAAUUGUCCGAAAUGUCCGGAUCUCGACCAACAAGACAUCACUUUUAUGGUGACAUCGGAAUCGUUUGACACUUACACCGAAGGAUUCUUCUUUAACUCGUCAACAGUGUUGGUAAAAGGUGUCAAACAUAUUGAUAAUUGUGACAAAUCAUUGUCGACCACUACUACUACUAUCACCACCAACACCAACACCACCGAUGACUUAUCAACGCAAACACCACCGGAAAUAACUACCACUUCCGCUACACUGUUGGACAUUACAACAGAAUCGGACGGCGAGACCACCAUUCAGACAAUCGAUACGACCGAAGCGUUGGCACCGACUUUUGAAACCGAAACUCUGCCCACAGUUAAUAUGACAGAUAUCGACAAUAAUGAAAUACCGGAUCAACAGUUAGAGGAAAGGCGUCGUAAUGUCGGCGAUCCCGUUUACCCGUCAGCGCCAGUAUCUGGUGGACCAAUGAAUCCAAAUUCAUACCCGCGAGGCUAUCCAAUAGCGCCUAACUAUUCAAAUGGACAGUCGUAUUCAAAUCGUGUACCAACGUAUAGGUUUGAAUACCCGCACACACAAAACGAAUAUACGUCCCCACAGUUUUCCCCAUUUCUAAGUCCUCCCGGCUAUCUGACUACUGGCUACUUUAGCGCCCAGUCAUUGCAAUACGGGGCAGGAAAGCCUCCGGCUAUAAAUCCUAACUACUACUAUACGGCUACUAACAGACCACUCCAGGGUCGCCGCUAUAAACCUAAUCAAUCAAAUUAUAAGCCAACGUAUUACCCGAAAGGGACUGUUAUUCAACAAAAUAAUCCAAUCAAUUACAAUCCACAACCAUAUUCACCACAGAAUUACGCCAACAAUCCUGGAAACAGUUAUGUUGUUCAGCAACCAAAUCAACCGACAAUAAAUGGUGGCUACAAUCAAGGAUAUCCCGUUGUUCCUCCUCCUCCUCCUCAGCAAAACUAUGGACAACAAUAUCAACAACAGCCCAACGUUCCCUACAAACCACAGCCUCCAGUCUAUCAACCGGUUCCCAUACAACCCAAUCCUCAAUACAACUAUCCAACAAACCCGCAACAAAACUAUGGCCCCAAACAGCCUCAUCCAAACUAUAACAAUUCUCUGCCACUGUAUAAUCAGCCAUUACUACCGGUUCCUCAGCAACCCUAUCCUAUUACACCUCAACAACAAUAUCCACCCCAACAAUCACUACCAUAUUCUGGAGGUAACAACAACUAUGGACACAACAAUUACAAUCAGUCCAAUCACUACUCAAAUCAACCAUCGAUGAUGACAUCAUCACUACCGCAAGUAAACGCCAACUACAGUGUACCGCCGUUUUACGAUUACAGUCAACUCCAGUACUCACAAAACUAUAACAACUCGGAACCCGGUUAUGUACCCAACGCUCCCAUAUCUAACCCUCAGUACAAUUCAAAUGCACAGUACACUUAUCCCGGGCAAAAUACUACCGUUUACGGCCAUAUGUCUCAACCAAUGGCACCGAUAUAUAAUCAACAAUCAGUUUAUGCUAAUCAAAAUUAUGGACAACCAUUACCACCGCCGCCAGCAAACAACUAUAAUGACCAACAAUACCAGAUAGCCCAACAAUACACUGUUAAUCAACAAAUGACCAGCAAUUAUAGUCAAUCGGCACAGACCUACAAUAGUGGACCUUACUAUGAGUCUGUGAAUAAUGAAAAUAACGCUUAUAAUAAUAAUAACAAUAAUUAUAAUGACAACAAUUAUCAAUCACAGCAAAAUGUAGCUUAUGUAGCUCAAAAUACUUACACACCCCAACUACAACAAGUUAACUAUAACCAGAACUCGGGCGUCUAUCAAAAUUAUAGUCAAUCUAAUUAUGAUAUACCAGGUUAUAAUAGCGGCAGUGGUUCACAGCUUUACAAUUAUAAUAAUUAUAAUAAUACUAAUACUCAAUCACCACAAGUUCAAUACCCGUAUCCUACAAACCACUAUCAAAAUGGUCCGCAAACUCCAGUCUAUGGACCACAAACCGGCAAUAACUAUACCGAUGGUCAACCAAUCUAUGGCCAACAAAACUAUGCCACAAAUAAGUAUACAAAUGAUCAGACUGUUCAAUAUAAUAGCAAUCCUUAUAAUAAUAAUAAUAAUAAUAAUAAUCAACAAAACUAUGGAUCAUCACAAUUGCCAUACAGUGGACAGCCAUACGGACAGUCUAAUACAAACUAUAGUCCCCAACAGUCAUAUAAUGACAGUCAAACCAAACAAUAUAAUAAUGCUUAUCAAUAUCCAACAUCCGGUAGUCAACAAUACAAUACUAAUCAAUACAAUGGUUAUAAUAGUAAUAGUAAUCAAUACUAUGCUAACACACCACAAAAUUAUGGACAGACCUAUAAUAAUAAUAAUGGACAGUACACGGCAGGCAAUGGACAGGGAUAUGCCAACAAUAUGGGUUCGUAUGAUCAACAAAAUCGGGGUUACCGUCAAAUCGGUGGUGGAAACAACCAGUUGACUGUAAAUGACUAUUUUGCCUCAUCGAGCGAUCAAAUUAACAAUUAUGCGCCCAUUUGUCCGCCAAAACCCAAUUCAUGUCCCGUUUGUCCAAAAGAUGUCCUACAAGUGGUAACCGAUUUGAGUAAAUGUGACUCAAGCGGCAAACGUCGGUUAAUACAUGCCAUCAAAGGUGACUAUAUGGCACAGUUAGCUCCCGGUUCGGGCAAAUCGAGCUGUCAAUCGGCAAAACUGGUCGAAAGUCAACCAAUCGGUAAUCUCAAUACGACUUUCUAUAUUAGUUACGACAAGUUGUGUGACUGCGAAGCGAUUAACAACAAUAAGGCAUUGAUUUUGGUGACCAACUCAUCACUGGAAGGCGGACUAAGUGUCGACAACAAUGCCAUUGUUUUUGGCUAUAAAUAUGAUGUUUGGGUUGACAUCAAUAAAAUUUUCAAUCAAACCAAACAGCAAAGUAAUUGCUAAAUAAAAACUCAGAUUAAAAAAAAUAAUAAAAUGAUAAUUAAUUUUUUUUUUGUAAAAGAGCGUUAUUAAUAAACUCAAGUAGUUUU